GAUAAGGGUUUUAACAUUUGGCUCAAAACAUUUCGAGCCAAAAAAAACUUUACCAAAUCCCCCCAAAAUUCCUGCGUCCUUCCGCUCGGAUCAGGCCCUCCUCCCGCCAGGAUCAGUGUUAUUUUUUGCAAGGAUGGAGAUCAUCAACGGGCCGGUUCUCCCGCGUUACGCUGCCCCGGCGACGGGCGCUCUGACCUCCGACGCGAAGAUCAGCGGGCAGCUGCUUCGGCGCGUGCAGCUGAGGAGACGGGCCUGUGGAGUGCAGGGAGACCACUACCGGGCGGCGCGGAGGUUCUUCGGCUUCCCGUCCGAGCGGCACGGGCGGAGCGGCUGGGUAUGGCCUGUUUGCUGCAGUUACGGCUCGUCUUCCGACGGGGACGGGGACGGCGCCGCUGCCGCGGAUUUCGACGCCAGCGGCGAGGAGUUCGUCAACUCCAGCGUGAUGGAGGCUGUUGAGCUCAGAAGUGUAUCUGAUGGAUUUGUGAUAAAAAUGCGUGACGGCAAAAACCUUAGAUGUGUCCAAAAUAACCCACGUGUACUAAGAUUGCGGGAUUCUGCACCUCACCAUGCUAUUGUUCUGAAGAUGGAAGAUGGAAGUGACCUUUUGCUUCCAAUUAUUGUCAUGGAAACACCGAGUAUCAUGUUGCUAGCUGCCCUUCGGAACAUUCGAAUUCCAAGGCCAACUAUCUAUAAUGUGGUAAAGGAGAUGACUGAAAGGAUGGGAUAUGUGGUACGUUUGGUGCGAAUUACAGAAAUGGUCCAUGAUGCGUACUAUUCUCGAUUGUAUCUUGCUAAGAUUGGGGAUGAAGAAGAGACUAUUAGCUUUGAUCUCAAGCCAUCGGAUGCCAUCAACAUUGCUUUCCGGUGUAAGGUUCCUAUACAAGUGAAUAGGCGUAUAGCAUAUAACAAUGGAUUGAAAGUUGUACAACCAAAGCCAUCUGAGAGCUAUGUAGGAUCAGACCAGUUCCAAUACACAAGACUCGACAGGCCUGACGAUCAACCUUGCUUUGAGGCCCAAGAGUUUGAUUUGGUACGCAAUAUGCUGAUAGCUGCUGUUGAGGAACGUUACAAAGAUGCUGCCCAGUACAGAGACCAGCUUUUCACGUUCCGGGCAAAGAACAAGAACAUGAUUUAACAGUUGCCGAUGGGAGGAGGUGUACAUACUAGCUCGCCUGGAGUGCAUAAAACCAUUACCAAAUACCAAGAAGAUCUUUGUAAAUACUUAUAGAACUUAUAGAUACAUAUACAUACGUACUAGAACAUGACCAUGAUUCUGGGUGCUCCCAGCUCGUGGUGCCGUUGGUUGUAAAAUUGAUUGAAAAGUCGCCCAUGUUUGUCACAGUUGAUUUA